AUGAGAAAGGAAAUGAACCAAGAAAGAAUCAAUAGAGAGCUUCAAAAUGCUGUCAUUCAAGAUGGAUUGAGAUUGAUAAGGGAAAAUAAGUCUAGGGGAACUCAAAGUGAAAAUUCUCAAGAGGGAGGGAUAUCUUUGAGUAUGGGUGAUUAUUAUCCUCAUCAGCCUUCUACUUCUAGGAGGCAUAGGCGAAAUUCUCAUGCACCCCCACCCCCUAAAGAAGUCAAUGUUGUGUUGCCUCACUUCCAUGGGAAAGACAAUGUUGAGGCUUAUCUUGAUUGGGAAAUGAAGGUGGAACAAUUAUUUGCUUGCCACCAAGUAAGUGAAGAGAGGAAGGUCUCUCUAGCUACCCUAACCUUUCAAGGGUAUGCAAUGUAUUGGUGGACUGCCUUAGUCCAAGAGAGGCUUAGACAUCAAGCCCCUCCCAUUUAUUAUUGGAAUGAUCUCAAGUCUGCCCUUAGGAGGAGACACAUCCCCUCCUAUUACAAUAGGGAACUCAUGGAUAAACUCCAAAGGUUACAACAAAGGACUAUGACAGUUGAAGAAUAUAGACAAAAGGUGGAGUUAUACAUCAUGAGGACAGGCAUAGUAGAAGGUUCAGAAACUACUUUGGCUAGGUUUUUAAGUGGUCUCAAUUUUGACAUUAGAGAUAGAGUUGAACUUCUACCUUAUAGAGAUUUGAAUGANCUUGUUCAAAUGUGUAUCAAGGUAGAACAACAAAACUUGAGAAAAUCUUCUUCUAAAAGAGUUCAAGUUCAACCUAUCUUUGAAAAGAAAAUUUUUAAAGAAAAAGAGCCAUUUAAACCUCUAGCUAAAAUAGAAGAGAAACCCAAGAAAGAGUCCACCUCACACACAAGAACAAGUGAAAUUAAGUGCUUUAAAUGUCUAGGAAGGGGUCAUGUAGCUACUCAAUGUCCUACAAAAAGAAACAUCAUUUUAAAAGGCAAGGACAUUUAUAGUAGUGAAAGUGACACCCCAACUAGUGAAAGUGAGAGUGAGGAAGAAGAAAGAGAAGAGGAAGUAUAUGCUGAUGAUGGACAACUUCUCAUGGUGAGAAGAAUACUUAGUAACCAACCAAGUCUUGAACACCUAUCACAAAGAGAGAACAUCUUUCAUACAAGAUGUAAAAUUCAAGAAAACCAUUGUUCUCUCAUUGUUGAUAGUGGUUCUUGCUGCAAUUGUUGUAGCACAAGGUUGGUUGAAAAGUUGAAGCUUGACAUUAUACCCCAUCCAAAACCUUACAAACUUCAUUGGCUAACUGAAGAUGGGGAUAUAAUAGUCAAGAAUCAAGUGAAAUUGGCAUUUUCCAUUGGGAACUUUAAAGAUGAAAUUUUAUGUGAUAUAGUUCCCAUGGAAGCAUGUCAUGUGUUAUUGGGGAGACCAUGGCAAUUUGAUCAUCAAACUAUUCAUCAUGGUCUAACCAAUACUAUCACUAUCCAUCAAAGGGACAAGAACACACUUACAUGCACAUCUAGUGACUCCAAGACUUCAACUCUUUCUCCACCCAUUCAAAAACUUUUGAAAGAAUUUGAUGAUCUAUUUCCAAAAGAAAUUCCAAAAGGGCUCCAACCCAUAAGAGGAAUAGAACAUCAAAUUGAUUUCAUCCCAGGGGCAAUUCUUCCUAAUAGGCCUGCCUAUAGGACAAACCCCCAAGAAACCAAGGAGAUUGAGUCACAAGUCCAAGAGUUGCUAGACAAAGGCCUAGUUCAAAAGAGUCUAAGUCCAUGUGUUGUACCAGUGUUGCUUGUACCAAAGAAGGAUGGGAAGUGGCGCAUGUGCUGUGAUUGUAGGGCUAUCAACAACAUCACAAUCAAAUAUAGACAUCCCAUUCCUAGGCUUGAUGAUAUGUUGGAUGAAUUGCAUGGAGCUCAAAUAUUUUCAAAGGUAGAUCUUAAAAGUGGAUAUCACCAAAUAAGAAUCAAAGAGGGUGAUGAAUGGAAAACUGCCUUUAAGACCAAGUUUGGAUUAUAUGAAUGGCUAGUUAUGCCUUUUGGUCUUACAAAUGCUCCAAGCACAUUUAUGAGACUUAUGAAUCAUGUCCUUAGGGAUUGCAUUGGAUUUGUGGUCAUCAAAAAUGGGGUUCAUGUGGACCCAGAAAAAAUAAAGGCCAUACAAGAUUGGUCUCCCCCAAAGAAUAGUCAACACAAGUUACAAAAGAGACAUGCUAAGUGGUUAGAAUUCAUUGAGCAAUUCACUUAUGUUAUUAAAUACAAGAAAGGAAAAUCUAAUGUGGUGGUUGAUGCUUUAUCAAGAAAAAUUAAUCUCUUAGCCACAUUAGGAGCUCAAAUUCUUGGAUUUAAUAACAUUAUUGAGUUGUAUUCACAAGAUCCUGAAUUUGCUCAUAUGUAUGAGGAAUGUCUCAAUAAGUCCCAAGGAGGAUUUUAUGUGAGAGAGGGGUAUCUUUUUAAAGAAGGAAAAAUUUGCAUCCCUCAAGGAUCACAUAGAAAACUCCUAGUCAAAGAGACACAUGAGGGUGGUUUAAUGGGGCAUUAUGGGGUAGAAAAGACUCUUGGCAUGAUAAAAGAAAAAUUCUUUUGGCCUCACAUGAGAAGGGAUGUUCAAAGGCAUUGUUUUAAGUGCAUCACUUGUUUGGAAUCCAAAUCUAAAUCAAUGCCUCAUGGACUUUACACUCCUUUGCAUGUUGCAUCAACCCCUUGGGAAGAGAUAAGUAUGGAUUUUGUGUUAGGACUUCCCAAAACUUCUAGGGGUUUUGAUUCUAUCUUUGUGGUGGUAGACAGAUUUAGUAAAAUGACUCAUUUUAUACCUUGCCACAAAGUAGAUGAUGCAAGCAACAUUGCAAAGUUAUUCUUUAGAGAUGUGGUUAAACUUCAUGGUCUACCUAAGGUAAUAGUUUCGGAUAGAGAUACAAAAUUUCUUAGUCACUUUUGGAGGACCUUAUGGUCUANAUUAGGGACUAAGUUAUCUUUUUGUACUACUUGCCAUCCUCAAACAGAUGGUCAAACUGAAGUAGUCAAUAGAUCUCUUUCCACUUUACUAAGGGUAGUUCUUAAGGGAAAUCACAAGUCUUGGGAUGAGUACCUUCCUCAUGUUGAGUUUGCCUACAAUAGAGUAGUUCAUGGAACUACUAAAAUGUCUCCUUUUGAGGUUGUCUAUGGCUUUAACCCUUUAACUCCUAUGGAUUUAAUACCCCUUCCAAAUUCUAUUGAUUUUAUUCAUCAAGAUGGGGUAUCUAAAUCUAAGUUUAUCAAAUCAAAGGGUUAG